ACUGGCGAAGAUACAGCAACUGCGAUCCAUUUUAAUAAUAUUGGUGGCAAGCUUCGCUUGAGGACGCCAAGCCUUCGGGCGAGAACGGAGACAAAUGUGAACGCCUUCUAAAUAGGGUUUAACUAAGCAGCUAUUGUGUAACCUCGUUUUCGUCUUGGGGAUUUAAAAUACAUUGGCUGCUUUCAGUGCAAUAUUGACGCUGUUUCAAAUAAAUAAAUCUAGCCUGCCAGCUAGCUAUCCAACUAGAUAUAGCUGGCCAUAUACAUACAUAGGCUAGACAGGAGCAUCACAGGUGGAGCUUCCAACGGAGGAGAGAGAUAUCGACUUGACAAUAGAAACAACACAGACAGUGGCAUAAGACUGAGGCGGGUGUUUAUUAAACAUUUGAAAAUCACUGCUUGCUCGCUGGCACCGGGGGAUUAGGGAGCUGGGAGACAAGGAGAAGGUGGGGCCGGAGAGAUUCAGAGAAACGGACAAAAUAGAAAUAGCUAGCUAGCUAGCUAAAUCACCGGCGGUGCUUUUGAGGGAAUCGAGAGGAAACAGGAAUUUUCUCCCUACUGGAAUUUCGAAAGGCUUAAAAGAAAAUACCGUUGUGUGGUUCUCCCAUCCCCGUAAGAAGAAUAGCAAUACCGUUAUAUAUUGUUGCCCGUUGUUUUAUUUGAAACAUAACCUUUUGGACGGAUUUCCCGGGGAUAAUUUCCCCAUUCUUGUUGGACCAUGGCCGACGACGACGUUCUAUUUGAAGAUGUAUACGAGCUCUGCGAGGUGAUUGGAAAGGGCCCUUUCAGCGUGGUGCGGCGAUGUAUCAACAGAGAAACGGGGCAGCAGUUCGCUGUCAAAAUCGUGGAUGUGGCCAAGUUCACCUCCAGCCCUGGCCUCAGCACAGAGGAUCUGAAGAGGGAGGCCAGCAUCUGCCACAUGCUCAAACAUCCGCACAUCGUGGAGCUGCUGGAGACGUACAGCUCAGACGGCAUGCUCUACAUGGUCUUUGAAUUUAUGGAUGGAGCAGAUCUGUGCUUCGAGAUUGUGAAGAGGGCGGAUGCUGGCUUCGUCUACAGUGAAGCAGUGGCCAGUCACUACAUGCGCCAGAUCCUUGAGGCUUUGCGCUAUUGCCAUGACAACAACGUCAUUCAUCGGGAUGUCAAGCCUCAUUGUGUGCUGCUGGCGUCAAAGGAGAACUCUGCUCCAGUGAAGCUUGGAGGGUUUGGAGUGGCCAUUCAACUGGGAGAGUCAGGACUGGUGGCAGGAGGCCGGGUGGGGACCCCACACUUCAUGGCCCCGGAGGUGGUGAAGAGGGAGCCCUACGGGAAGCCGGUGGACGUGUGGGGCUGCGGGGUCAUCCUCUUCAUCUUACUGAGCGGCUGCCUGCCCUUUUACGGCACCAAGGAGAGGCUGUUCGAGGCCAUCAUUAAGGGGAAAUACAAGGUAAUGAACCCCCGGCAGUGGAGCCACAUCUCGGAAAGUGCCAAAGACCUGGUGCGCCGCAUGCUAAUGCUGGACCCUGCCGAGAGGAUCACCGUGUACGAGGCUCUCAACCACCCCUGGCUCAAGGAGAGAGACCGCUACGCCUACAAGAUCCACCUCCCAGAGACAGUGGAGCAGCUGAGGAAGUUCAAUGCCAGGAGGAAGCUGAAGGGGGCGGUGCUAGCUGCCGUCUCCAGCCACAAGUUCAACUCCUUUUAUGGAGACCCGCCCGAGGAGCUGCCUGACUUCUCUGAAGACCCCACCUCCUCAGGACUCCUAGCUGCAGAAAGGGCAGUGUCGCAGGUGCUGGACAGCCUGGAGGAGAUCCACGCGCUGACCGACUGCAGCGAGAAGGACCUGGACUUCCUGCACAGCGUCUUCCAGGACCAGCACCUCCACACCUUGCUGGACCUGUAUGACAAGAUCAACACCAAGUCCUCCCCGCAGAUCAGGAACCCCCCGAGUGAUGCUGUCCAGAGAGCCAAAGAGAAAUCCGCUGAAGACGACGCAAGAGUGGCUUUGAAACAUCUGGAAUGUGUGCUGGAGGAGAUUUCUUGUUACCCGGAGAACAGCGACGCUAAAGAACUGCGGCGGAUCCUCACGCAACCCCAUUUUAUGGCCUUACUGCAGACCCACGAUGUGGUGGCACACGAGGUGUACAGUGAUGAGGCCCUGAGGGUCACCCCCCCGCCCACCUCGCCCUACCUGAACGGAGACUCGCCCGAGAGCGCCAACGGCGACAUGGACCUGGAGAACGUCACCCGAGUGCGGCUGGUGCAGUUUCAGAAGAACACGGACGAGCCCAUGGGCAUCACACUGAAGAUGAACGAUCUAAACCACUGCAUCGUGGCCCGAAUAAUGCACGGGGGCAUGAUCCACAGGCAAGGAACGCUGCACGUGGGAGAUGAAAUCCGGGAAAUCAACGGAAUCAGCGUAGCUAACCAAACAGUGGAGCAGCUCCAGAAGAUGCUGAGGGAGAUGAGAGGGAGCAUCACAUUUAAGAUUGUGCCAAGCUACCGGACACAGUCCUCUUCCUGUGAGAAAGAGUCCCCCUCCACCUCCCGACAGUCCCCUGCUAACGGCCACACCAGCAUUAACAGUUCUAUCUUGGACUUGCCAUCAACUAUUCAGCCAAAAGGACGACAGAUCUCCAGAUCUACAAUCAAGGAUAAAAUGUCCCUCAAGAUCUACGUCAGAGCGCAGUUUGAGUACGACCCAGCCAAGGAUGACCUCAUCCCCUGUAAAGAGGCGGGCAUCCGCUUCAGGGUGGGCGACAUCAUCCAGAUCAUCAGCAAGGACGACCACAACUGGUGGCAGGGCAAGCUGGAGAACACCAAGAACGGCACCGCGGGACUCAUCCCCUCCCCGGAGCUGCAGGAGUGGCGUGUGGCCUGUAUAGCCAUGGAAAAAACCAAGCAAGAGCAGCAGGCCAGCUGUACCUGGUUUGGAAAGAAGAAGAAGCAGUACAAAGACAAAUAUUUAGCAAAGCACAACGCAGUAUUCGAUCAACUAGAUCUCGUCACGUAUGAAGAGGUAGUGAAAUUGCCAGCUUUCAAGAGGAAAACACUGGUGCUAUUAGGGGCCCACGGGGUCGGCAGAAGACACAUCAAGAAUACGCUCAUCACAAAGCACCCCGACAGAUUCGCCUACCCCAUUCCACACACGACCAGACCUCCAAAGAAAGACGAAGAGAACGGCAAGAACUACUACUUCGUAUCGCACGACCAAAUGAUGCAGGACAUCUCGAACAACGAUUACCUGGAGUACGGCAGCCACGAGGACGCCAUGUACGGCACCCGGCUGGAGACCAUCCGCAAGAUCCACGAGCAGGGCCUCAUCGCCAUCCUGGACGUGGAGCCGCAGGCCCUUAAGGUUCUGCGGACGGCCGAGUUUGCACCCUACGUCGUCUUCAUCGCGGCACCGACCAUAACCCCCGGCAUCAACGAGGACGAGUCCCUCCAGAGGCUGCAGAAGGAAUCGGAGAUCCUGCAGAAGACGUACGCGCACUACUUCGACCAGACCAUCAUCAACAACGAGAUCGACGAGACCAUCAGACACCUGGAGGAGGCCAUCGACCUGGUGUGCACAACAGCCCAGUGGGUUCCGGUCUCCUGGGUGUACUAGGCCCCGCCCCCAUCGUUGGCCUGCCCCGCCCCCCGUGUCCCUCCCCCCGUUUCUUUGCAAAGCAUCUCUGCAGAAUUUCAUCAUUCCCUGGAAGAACCUCAGACACUCUGAAAACCUCAGUGUACAUGACCUGCAGCCAGUCAGUCUUGGGCCCCUACAGACUACCUAGACGUAGUGUUGUAUAAAAAAAUAAAAUUAAAUAAAUAUUGUCAUGUCCGUAUAGCUAGGAGGCAACACUUUAUAGACUUCUGUUUUAAAGAGACAGUAUCUAAGAGUUGCCAUCAGCAUGGAGAAGCAGGCAGGCGUGUGGAUGGCCGCUUGGUGCCCUGCCAUGCCCUUGUCUUCACAGGUAUUGUGCUUCACAUUAGAGCAUAGCUUCUCUCUGCACUACAGACGCUGCCUGUGGGCUCCACCUCCACACAGAGGGGGGAAAAAGCACAGAGACAUUGCAGCAGUCCCCUAUUGCGCCAUUUAUUUAUUUAACCCUCCUUUACAUCAACCAGUCCCUAAUGCACUACAAUCACAGUCUCCCUUCUAACCCAUAAGGUUCCCCGUGUCCAUUUAGGCUUUUCUCCUUUAUAUUUCCACGUUUGCACAAUGGACAAUACCUCCCUCUGCACGGAUACUGUCUCUCUAAACCGGACACAUAAAUGUCUUAGAGAUUUGAACGAGGUCUCAUGCAUGUGGACAUUCUCAAGCUUACAUGCUGUCAGUGUUAUCAGUGUCAGACUACUGUUAUCUACAGCAGAGCACAUUCCAUUCGUUUGGAAGACGAAGCGCAUUACAAGGGUGGAGAGAGGACAAGAGAAGAACACCUAUGCACAUCCUUUGCAUUCUGGGUGACUUUCGAAAACAGCCGAUUUUUAUCAACCCCGUAGUGAGAUGUGUUUGUAAAUUGUCUCAAUUUUAUUUGUUGUAAAAACCGAGGGGGAUGGGGGAGGGGAAGAAAUUCUAUUCCAGAUUCACCAUUUCAAGAAACGUGUCGUCUGAGAGUAUUAAUGUUUUAAUUAAGUUUAAUCAAAGGUAAAGAGAAAUGCUGAUUUUUAUUCCAUGUGUAAUUGUUUCAAAAGAGGUGCACACGUUUUGCAAGUGAAACACUUUGCAAAUGAAGAACCAGUUUGUGCAUCUGAAAAGCUAUGUACAUGACAAAAGCGUUUACUUCAAACUGCCCUGUGUAAAUUCCUCUGCAAAUGACAAAGCAGUUCUUCAGUAUGAACACUUUUUUAAAUAUAUUUCCUUUUAUGUGUUCAAACAG